AUGCAGCUGCAUGUGACGACAGUAAUUACCUUGCAAACGGCCUUGCUGGUCUUCCUACAGUUUGGGGAGAAGGCCUUGCCGUCGCUCUUCGCGGCCCGCAAGGCCUGCCAUGCCGGCAGCGGUGCGCUGAUGCUUCUCUUGGACUCACGAGAUCCCUUGGCAAGAGCCUACGUCUACCUUGUCGUGGUCACUUCCUUGACCAUGACCUGGCGGCUGGUCAAGUGGGUUCCAGCUUUUCGCUUUGGUGCAGAUUAUGACGUAGGCAUUUCCGUGUACUUGCUAAUCGUAGCGACUUGGUUCCACAUGCAGGAGCCAGUCCGAGCUUUGGCCCCGCUGUUUUUCGCGGAUCCCGCUGGGGCGAUCGUCGGCAAGUUCUGCUCCAAACGAGGUUUUAAUCGAGCGUGGUACGAGAACAAGACCAUUAUGGGGACUCUUGCGGUCCUGGUCGUGGCUUACUUGAGUCUGGAUGCACCGGUCUUCCUCCCGCGGGCCAUACUCGCAGUGCUGUGCGCGCUGGCCGAAGCGUUUGGUGGCUUCGCACUCAGAGCAUCGGGCACAUAUCUUCUGACCUGGAUGUUUUGGAGAUUUUUGGAAGGAGAUGAAUCUUGA